ACUCUCAAAACGGCCAUCCCAUCCUCAAGCAUGACUUUCGUGGCAUCAGUCGCGGUUCGCAGCGUGGCGCCGUUCCGUUCCGCCUCCGUGCGCUGCAGGGCGGGCAAGAGCGGCAGCGGCAAGUCUUGUGGUGGCGGUGCCAAGGGCGGCGGCAAGGGCUCCUCCUGCUCCUCGCCCCUAGUCAACAAGGGCGCCGCCGCCUGGAUCCAGUCCGCACAGGCCAAGGCCGGGGAGUACACAGGCAAGGGCGCCCGUGCCCAGUCGGCGGCCGACCGCAAUGCCAAUGCCAACGCCUGGUGUGGGCUACCGUAUGACAGUCGGCGCCCUCAACUCAAUUUACACAACUGAUGGUUUCCGCUCGAGCGCAGCGAGUUGUCGGAAACCAAGGUUUCCUGCGCUCGGAGUGUGCACAGUUGUGUGGCCCGAAGGGGCGUGGCAUGUGUGUUUGUUGUUUGGGGCCUGGCGCGGCAUGGGCGGUGGGCCCGGGUUAGUAGCGGAGCGCUGUGUCGCGCUCGCUACUUUGC